AUGUCCGAUACAGACCAGCGCGCCGUUAACACCGUCUUUGCAAAUAUCGGUAAGGCGAUCGAGGCUUAUGAGCGUCUUUUGAUCAGUGGGAAUGCGCCGUUUGAUCAGUAUGUGGCAGGCGACACUGAGGCAAUAAUACUUGAAGCGAAGCGUGGAUUAAAAGUAUUUAUCGGUAAAGGUGUUUGCAUCCUCUGCCACGAUACGCCAAAUUUUACUGACAAUGAUUUCCAUAACUUGGGUGUACCACAAGGCGAAUUGCCAGAAGAUACCGGACGUUAUGCAGGAAUCUCGUCGCUUUUAGCAGAUCCGUUUAACGGUGGGAGCAUCUAUAGUGAUGAUACCGCCGUCGCUACGCGUAUUCUGAAUUUCUUGGAACCAACAUCGCAACAUCAAGGCGAAUUCAAAACACCAACGCUCCGUAAUGUAGCACUGACCGCACCCUAUUUUCACACUGGUGAAUUUCCAACACUCGCCUCCGUGAUUGAAUUUAAUAACGCAGGUGGAGCCGGCGGCAACUUUGUCGGUAGACGUGAAGGGACACUGGAACCGCUGCAUCUCACUGAGCAGGAGAAAGAUGAUUUGGUUGAAUUUUUAAAGACAUUGACAGGUGAAUUGCCACCCGCACAUUUGCUAAGUAAACCGAAACUCCCCAAAUCUGACUAA